GUCGUGAAGAAAGCUUUUUCCAUGAUUACACAUGCAACUAAUAAUAGUAUCUAUGAUUUUGCAAGAUAUCAUGUUAUUUAUAACAUUUAAGAUACAGUGUACUUAUUGACAAAUCGAAUUUAUUUGAAAUCUAAGAAUAACUCGUAACUGUAUGCAAACAAUACACAAUUGUGAAUGUCGUUACGCUGUGGAAUUCCAUUUUGACAUUGUGUCACCGAUAUUGUAAAUAUAUUGCAUAUGUCUUCAAUGAUUUUCAAGACCUAAGAUAGUUAUCCAGGUGAUACAGAAGGAUGUAAAUAGUUGAUCUACUCUUUUUUUUUUCUUUUCGCUAUCUUCGAUGUGAUAAAGUAAGCAUGUACAUUGUAAAUAUGUAAUCAUGUCAACUGUUUUGACGGAGAUAAGAUGAAGAACAGAGAAAAUAAGACUGGAGAUAAUUGAAUGUUUUUAAUACGAAUGAGACAUAAUGGCUGGGUUGGACCAGUUUGAGUUCAUAAGGCAGAUUGGGAAGGGUAGUUAUGGCGAAGUCACACUUCAGAGACAUAAGAAGGACAGAAAACAGUAUGUGUUAAAGAGAAUUAACUUAAAGAAAGCGUCCAAGCGUGAGCAACAUGCGGCGGAACAGGAAGCUAAGCUCUUAUCCAAACUAAAGCAUCCCAACAUUGUCACCUAUAAGGAUUCCUUCCAAGGGAAAGAUGGCUACCUCCACAUUGCAAUGCAGUUUUGUGAGGGUGGGGAUCUGUACACCAAACUGAAGGAGCAGAAAGGGGUGCCUCUCGAGGAACGACAGGUGGUGGAGUGGUUUGUGCAGAUAGCUAUGGCACUGCAGUACAUGCAUGAAAGAAACAUUUUGCACAGAGAUUUAAAGACCCAAAAUAUAUUUUUAACUAAAAGUAAAAUAAUUAAAGUGGGAGACUUGGGAAUUGCACGAGUACUGGAGUCGUCCAGUGACAUGGCCACCACACUGAUAGGGACACCCUACUACAUGAGUCCUGAGCUCUUCUCCAACAAACCAUACAACCACAAGUCUGAUGUGUGGGCAUUAGGAUGCUGUGUUUAUGAAAUGGCAACCCUAAAGCAUGCUUUUAAUGCGAAAGACAUGAACUCCUUGGUGUACAAGAUUUUGAAAGGAAAGAUGCCUCUGAUGCCCAAACAGUACAGCCCCGAACUGAUUCAGAUCAUAAAGAACAUGCUGCACCAGGAACCAGAGAAACGACCCUCAGUCAAUCGCAUUCUCAGGGACCCUUAUAUCAAAAAGAACAUCUCAAUAUUUUUAGAAGAAACCAAGAAAAGCCGUCCAUCCAGUGCUAGUCGUCCUGGGACAGCCCAACGACUUCGACCUAAAACUGCCCCCUCUAACCGUCCCCCAGCCCCCCUCCCCUCCAGUGAGGGCUCUAAUGUAAACAACAACUCGGCCAGUAAGAUGAAGGUUCAUGUUCCCGAACCAGAUGGAGCUGAUAGCACAGACAGUGCACAGUCAGUUCCUCAGCCAGCCAUUUUGCGGAAGAAAGGCCACGCACGUAAACCUUCCGACGGAGCCAAGCAGGAUCUGUUCCCCAUCGUAGAGGAUAAAGUGAUCAGUGACAACCACCACAGGAACCUGGAGUCAUCCACCAGCUCCGAGGACACGGUCAAGGCCAACACUGCCAAGGAGAAGUCGGAGUCUCAGUCUCCUCCAAGGAAGUAUGACAGGGACUCAGCAGGAGGAAGGAACUCCCCCAAAAAGAAAAAGAACGUGUUGAGGAGGCCGGCUCGGGACAGCGACACAGACUCGCUUCACAGUGUGAGAUCUGAACCAAAUCUCAGUGCUCGAUCAGACUCGAGCUCAUCUUCAAGUUCUUAUGCCAAAAAUGAUGUGUUUAGAAAAGACACACUAGAAGGCAGUGGUGAAUCGGUAAGCCAUGGAAGACCAAAGCCAGUCAGUAACCCCCGACCCCUGCCUACGCCCCCCAAGGUCAGUGAAAGCGCAGGAAUCCCGGUGAGGCGACCUAGUUAUGAGGACAAGCUGGUGGAAAACAACAAGUCGUCCAGCACUUCUAGCUCUAAAGACGAGUCAUGUGACAUGGAAACGCCCAGGGAACCAAAUCUUUCUGCACGGCAGAGACGACGAGAGAAAAACCCUGCAGGAUCAUCCCUAGAGAGACCUAACUCUGCUCGCAUUCAUCUGAAGGCCCCAUCUCGUCACGAAUCUGAGCGAGUCACAAAGGCUGAGAAAAGCGUGGCUUAUCACCACUGGAACGAGUUCAAUUCUCCGCACUCAGCCAGGACGCCCAGAAAUGAGUAUUACAGUAAGCCGUACCGCGAGAAUAGUUACACCCCUCGCGGGGACGUCGAUAUCUGGGAGUCGGAAUCUUAUGGGCCUAAGAUGUCGAAAUCAAAUUCCAAGAGAGUACGGCAGCCAUCAAUCAAAGACAGCUCCAGCUCAGAGGAAGAGACGCUGAAAGAAAACGAGGAUUUCAAGAAGGAGAGAGAGAAACACAGAGAAAAUAAGGAAAUGAACAACUUUAUUUCACUUCUUGACACAACCUUGAAAAUGAACAAAGAAGAUGAUGACAAGUCUGAGGAGGAUGAUGAGGUCAAAGAGGUCAAAAGUCAUCGCCGCGUCAGUCAGCCGACCAAGCCGUCCGACGCUGACAUACACAGGAGUGCCUCACUGCCCAGUGUAGAGACAUUAUGUAAUGCUGACAGAUUGACAACCAGAAUACAAAUACUUCAUACGGACUGUGUUCGAGGAGUGGGGUUCGAAGUCCUACACAAAGCCUUUGAAAUCCUCUCAAACAUUGAAGAUGAUGAGUUAGAGGUUGCAGAGAAAGUUUUGCCACAACUAGUGGAUCUCAUGGGCAAAGACAAAUUUGACCAAUAUGCAGGGAAGAUUUGGCAGCUGAAAUUUUGUAACGAGUGUUUCGAGCAACUUCCACACUUAAGGAGCUAACAGGAAGUGAUGAUUAAGCAAGCCUAUAUGUAGCUCACUGAAAAAACUUCUUAAUUUGGUCUAGCUCAUAAUGAAAUGUAAGAAAAUGAUUGUUCAUGAAAUAGUUACCAGGUUGAAGAGUUGGACUAGUUCAUUCACAAAAAUAUCAGGAAGAUUGUCAAUAACAUUUAGUCUGUAGAAUGACCUAGCAGCGUUACAACAGUUUUUGUUCAGUCCAAUAUCACUGCUGUUCAUGAUUUGUAUGAAAGAGUUAUCUGUAAUAUCAUUGAUUUAUUGUGAUACUUUAAGAUGAGAUCUUGUCUUAUCUUAGAUUGAAUACUUACAUUGUAUUUAUAAACAUGUUUGUUUGUGAAAUAUAAAUUACAUUCUGUCUAAGAUUUAUCUAAAAGAAAUUACCAAGCUUUUGAUCUCGAAAUGUAUUAUUAUUUAAGAAUUUCUUAAUAUAAUUAUUUCAUGUUAUUUAUUAAUUUAUGGUCAUUAAUUGAUUGUCAAAAAUACUUAAAAUUUUUCUGUUUACAAUCUUAAUGUUGGGCAGUAUUCUGUUUGCUGAGCUAUUUUUACUUUGCUUCAUUAAUAUUCAUUUUUAUUUCAUGAAUAUUCAUUGGUUAUUAGUUAUGUAUGACAAAGUUGAAUAUUUUUCAGUGUUUACUUUCAUCCUGAAUCUCUUUGAUAAUACAUUUUUUUGGUCUUUAAGAAUGACAGUACCAACUUUGUAUGUGUACAUUAUAUUAUGUGAUAUACAAGUCAUUACCACUUUGUUAUUGUGUAAAAUGUAGUCCUGUAUACAGGAUUAUUUUUGCCCCUUUUAUUUUUCACCAAUCUACAGUUGCAAACAGUUUCGUGCCCCUAACCCCACCCCACUUCCCCCCUUUUGAAAAUCCCAGAUACAGAUUAGGAUUAAAACUUUUUUCUAAUUAACACAGUGAUUUGCAAAUUGUUGCUCAGUCUUAAAUACGCCCACUGAGAACAAGAACGAAAGGGGCGAAAAUAUGACGGGGCGAAUAUGUUCCCGUAUAUAAACAAUAUUUAAGACAUAAAAUAGAACCUUAAGUCUAAAUAAUUUAAAAUUUGUAUGAAAAGAAAGUUUUUUGUAGUAAAUAUCUAUAAAAUGCUUUGUGUGUGAGUGUGUGUUAAAGGUUGUCAAAACUUUUUGCAUGUAAGUAAGAGAGGUUUUACAUGUAAGGAAAUACAGCUUGCAAGGCAUAAAAUGGUUGUACAAAGUAGUUGUAAAAUUAUUUAUAGCUUUUCUCCAUGAAGCAGUAUUUAUUCAGAUAUUGUCGACAGUGUCAUGAAGUCUUAUUUAAUAAUGAUUAUUAUUAAGAAUUUAUUUUGUUGAUGGCAUUGUCUCGAUUACUUUUUUUUACCAUUAGUAUUAUGUAUAACUUAGUUCUAAUAAAUUACCGAUUCUCUCACCAG